AGUUGGAGGUGGUGGGGAGGAGGGGAAAAGAGGUGUUUCCAGAUAAAGAAUUAAAAAACCACCACCACACCACCCAUAUUGCCAGCUUCUUUAACAAUCCAAGGCAAGGGAGGGAACUGAAGUUCAGGUUAAUGUGCUGGAUGCCUUCCUUCUUAUCCUGAGAAAGCGACGGUGCAACAGUGACUGAGAGAACUCACACUCCUGGUUCCCUAGCACAACCACAGGGCGCAGCCAUGACUCACCGCAGACUCUGGCUCCUCCUGCUGAUCCUAUGCGCAGCCAGGACAGGCCUCUCCCUCAAGCUGUACAAGGCCGAAUCCAUCUUCAGCUGCAUCAACGCCGCCCUCUCGGAGGCCAGGAAGGGCCUCUCGGAUGAGAACUCCCUCCUGGGAAAGAGGAGCUUCAAGUUCCCGCCAGGUGAAGAAGGCGUCUCCUCGGAAGAUGACGAAGAGGACGCCGAGGCAGAGGAGGAGGAAAAGGGGAAAAGGACAUUCCCCGCCGUCACCCGUUACAAAUACCUCGCUCAGGCACAGGGGAAGGGGAAGGUGUAUCAGGGGCAGGCCAAGAACGACCGUCGCACUAAAUUCACGCUCUCCCUUGACGUCCCAACCAACAUCAUGAACAUCCUCUUCAACAUUGCCAAGGCCAAGAACCUGAGGGCGAAGGCAGCUGCCAACGCUCAGCUGAUGGCGCAGAUUGGCCGGAGGAAGUGACGAGGGCCGGGGAGGUGGGGACCAAGGGAAGGCCGAGGCAGCCGUGGGCAGGGCGGCCGUGGGCAGGGCGGCCCCCACCCGGAGGGCUGGGCUUUCGGCCUUCCUUUCCUCGACAUUCCCAGAGAUGGAACUCUGUCCGCUGUACGAUACGAUCUACGCGCAGAAUAUUUUCAACCUUCAAAGCCGCCUCCCAUCUGCCGCACUCCUUUCUCUUUCCUCUCAGUUCUCCUCAGAUGAACCCAUGCUAAGUGGAACUACUGCAUCUGAGCUUCUCACAAGAAAUGAGGAGGGCGGAGUGGGGGGAGUCCGUUCACUUUGCAUAAUGC